CCGAAAAUUCGGCCAAUGACCGCUUUAGGCUUUAGGUCUUAAUCAAUCGGUUAAUCUGCUAGCCAUACAACAAUCACCGUUUGCUCAAUCGUGCCUAUGUUGAUUUGAUUGGCAUAUCGUGUGUUGCUAGUUGUAUCCGGGCCAUUGAAUCGAAAUCACCUAGUGCCGUCGCUCAGUCAAUUAUGUCGAACUCUAAAUUAAAAAUUUUAUUCGCUCCGGCUCAAGGCAUGGGUCAUAUCGGUGCAUGCCAUGGUCUAGCCGAUAUACUGCGUCAACGGGGCCACGAAUGCAUUGUCAUAUUGGACGUUCAGUUCAAGGGACGGCUCGCCAAACACGGCUACCGAGAAGCGAUUCUACAAGAGAUCGGACCUGAGCAACAUUCAUCUACCGAACCGGAAUUGCUGAAAGCUUUUUUCCGCGAUCAUCCCCACGACAUUAUCUCAAUGCCAACGAUCGAUUCGUUCAAGGCGUUGAGUUCCGUUUUUGCUGUCAUGUUCGAGGAUAGUAAGAAAAUGGAGGUGAAUUUUAAGGCGGUAGUCGACACUGUUCAACCUGACAUCAUUAUAUGCGACAUGCACGUAGCAUCGCCAGCUCUUAUGAACAGUGACAUUCCGUGGUUGUUUUUGGGUUCCAUGGGACCGUUGGAGUUCUACAAUGCAUGCAAUCCAGACGAUAGACUACCACCAGCAUGGUCAGGUUUGUCCGUGCGUGGCAACAAGAGUGAAUGGCAAGAAUUUCGUAAACAAGUGGCUGCGGUUGCAUCGGCAGGUAAUCUAUCCGCACUGGUCAACGAAUGGUAUCAUGGUCUUUGCGGUGAAAACUUGCCACCAUCUGGAUUCCAACCACUGUCCUCGCACCUAAACAUUUACAUAACGCCCGAAGAACUGGAUUUCAAGGAAGCCGAACCGUUGGGUGAAAAUUGGAUCGGUGUAAACGGUUUCGUUCGUUCGACCGACGAAACGAUUACAAUACCCGAUUGGCUCAUCAAAAGACCGGGCAAGCUGAUCCUGUUGUCAUUGGGAUCUCUUGCCAGUGGUCACUUGGAGCUGAUGAAAUUCGUAACGGAAGCGCUAAGCAAAUCCGAUCACAAAUUUGUCGUUGCAACCGGUGCCAACCAUGACAAGUACACUCUUCCCGACAAUAUGUGGGGUCAAUCGUUUCUACCGCAGGCGGCUCUAUAUCCGAUGGUUGAUUGUGUUAUUGCACACGGCGGUAACAAUUCCUUGUACGAAUCGUUUUACUAUGGAAAACCGUUGCUGCUCAUUCCGAUCUUUGCCGAUCAACUUGAUAAUGCACAGCGUCUGGUCGACACGAAAUUGGGGUACCGUUUCGCGCGUGGUUCGAGCGCUGACGAUUUCGUUAAGCUCGUUGAUCAACUGGCCAACGACAAUCAAUUGAGCGUUCGCAUGAAGGAAAUCGGUGAACGAAUUCGGAGUUGUGACGAAAAGCGAAUUAUCGCCGAGAAAAUCGAAGAAAUUGGGCAACAGAAUAGAUUGUAGAAGAAGUCAGUGCAAAUAAAGCGAACUGCUGUCCU